AUGCAACUCCUCCUCCGUUUCCUCCUUUUAUCAUCCGCUGUUCAAAGUGCUGUGGUUAAGCUUACUCGAACUCGUUUACAUACUGCUACCGUUGACCCCACAUGGCAUACCAAUGUCGUGGUUGACUACACAACAGUGACCGAGAUCGAAUAUACUACCACAAUUGUUACUACCGUGUUUGGUGCUCCCACUACUUAUGUAGCAGCCACCACCACGACUGUACCCAUCGUGACCCAGCUGACACAAAAGGCUGUGGAUACUGACAUUGUUACCAACGUUGAAGACAACCUACUUCUAGCAGCGCCCACUGAGGGUGACAACACUGUCACCACCAGUGCAGCUCCGGAAGUGGCUCCUCAGACGCAGACGACGUCAGCCAUCCCUGAUACUACUCAGCCCGUGUCUUCUGCGGUUCCACAAACAACUAGUUCGUCAGAAGAUCAACAGAUACCAUCUCAAACCACUGGGUAUGUCAUUGACUACACUUUGGAUGACCUGGUUGGGCCUACUUUCACCUCAGAGUUGCCUCUGAGUACCGGCCAAUGGUUGAUCGAAAGCGUUUCCACUUACACCUCCGACGGAUUUUGCGUUGUCAGCUACGACUACUAUGAAUCUGACGAGACCGAUUGGAUAACACUGACGCGUACAGUAUACGUCACUCUGACAGCGGCUUGA